AUGGUGCUUUUGCCGACCCGCGGUCACGGCCCUCUCACGCUCGCUCCGAACGUCGAGGUGGAGCGGCUGGGUUUCGGCACAUGGGCGUGGGGCAACAAGCUGCUCUGGGGCUACGACGAGGCCGCCGACCCCGUGUUGGAGGCUGCAUUCCGCCGUGCCGUGGCCGGCGCACCGCUCGUCGACCGGCGGCGCUUCUUCUUCGACACGGGCGACUCCUACGGGACGGGCGCGCGCGAGGGCCGCGCCGAGUCGUUGCUGGGCCGCUUUCGACGCGAAGCGCGAGCGCGGCGGCGCGUCGCCAUCGGCACAAAGCUGGCCGUCUACCCUUGGCGCCUACGAGGCGAGGACUUUGAGGAUGCGUGCCGCGCGUCGCUGCGCCGGAUGGGCGAGUCGCGCAUGGAGCUUGUGCAGGCGCAUUGGUCGGCGGCCAACUUCCAGCCGUGGCAGGAGCCGGCGCUAUGGGACGGGCUCGCGCGCUGCUAUGAGGCGGGGCUCGCGGGCGCCGUUGGCACGUCCAACUUCGGACCGAAGCAGCUGCGCAAGGCGAACGCGCAUUGGGCCUCGCGCGGCGUGCCGCACAGUGCGAACCAGGCGCAGCUCCACGUGCAACUCAGCCUGCUCUCGACGCUGCCGCUCGAGUCCGGCCUCCUCGAGGCUAGCAGCGAGCUGGGCGUGACUCCGAUCGGCUACUCUCCCCUCGCGCUGGGGCUGCUCUCAGGCAAGUACGACGCCGACAGUGUGCCCGCAGGCCCCCCGCGCGUGCUCUUUCGCCAGCUGGCGCCGGGGCUCGCACCGCUGCUU